GUUAUAUCAUCUGAAAUGUCGAGAUCAUAUGUUUUAGUGUUUGUUCUAUUUUUAAUAUUUACUGAAUAUGACGCGGCGAGAAUUCUGGCAAUAUUCCCGACUCCAUCGAUCAGCCAUCAAGUUGUAUUCAGACCACUAACGCAGGAGCUAGCUCGACGCGGCCAUGAAGUUACCGUCAUUACAACUGAUCCAGUGUUCACGAAAGAAAAUUCUCCUGCAAACUUUACUGAAAUAGACCUUCACGAUGUUUCCUAUAAAGUCUGGAGGGACAUGAUAAUGCAGCGUGGACAUGCGGUGUUCGGCAAAAAGAAUGGUUUAUAUCAGCAAAUAAAGGUUCUGGGAACCUUAAUAGGUCACGUUGCUGAGAUACAACUGAAAACUCAUGAAGUCCAGCAGAUACUUAAGAAGGAAAAAGACGCGUAUGACCUGUUAAUAAUAGAAGAAUGUGCGGAACCAUUUUUAGCGUUUUCUCAUUUAUUCAAAGUGCCAGUGAUUGCUAUUAGUUCUAUGGGUAUGAUGCUAAAUGCUGAUGAAAUUUUUGGAGUACCAGGACAUAUUUUCUUAUAUCCAUCAAUGCUACAUCAAAGAGUAUAUAAUUUAACGUUCUGGGAAAAACUUGAGGAAUUAUAUAAGAACUAUAAGUUAACAAACGAUUGGAACUCUAUACAAUCUAUGCAUUUAAACAAUGUUAAAAAUAUCAUAGGACAUGACGUGCCUCAUUAUAGUGAACUGAAUAAAAAUAUUGAUAUGCUGUUUUUGAAUAUACAUCCGCUGUGGACUAAUAAUCGACCUUUACCUCCUAAUAUCAUUUCUAUUUGGGGUAUUCAUAAGAAACCAGAAAAGGCACUUCCACAAGAUCUACAAUCAUAUUUAGAUUCAUCAAAGAACGGAGUUAUAUAUCUAAGUUUCGGAAGUAAUGUUCCUUCCUCGUUGUUACCACAAGAAACAAUUCAACUAUUUAUCAAGGUGUUUUCGAAGUUACCUUACGAUGUGUUAUGGAAAUGGGAGAAAGAUGAAUUACCUGGGAAAUCGGACAACAUUCGAAUAUCUAAAUGGUUGCCACAAUCGGAUUUAUUGAGACAUCCUAAGAUAAAAUUAUUCAUAACACAAGGAGGUCUGCAAUCUACGGACGAAGCUAUAAACGCGGGAGUACCGCUUGUUGGUAUACCGAUGCUUGGAGACCAAUGGUAUAAUGUAGAUUAUUAUGUGUACCAUAGAAUUGGAGUUAGACUAGACUUCGACGAACUAUCUGGGGACUUGCUCGAUAAAGCAAUCAAAACUGUCAUAAAUGAUAAAAGCUAUCGUGAAAAUAUAAUACGGCUGCGAUCGAUCAUGAAAGACCAGCCCCAGAGUGCACUGGACCGCGCCGUGUGGUGGACGGAGUACGUGCUGCGGCACGGAGGGGCGAAGCACCUGCGAGCGCAAGGCGCUAACAAAACCUGGGCCGAAUACUAUGACAUAGAAUUUAUACUGAAAUUAGCUUCACUUGUUAUCUCCGUUGUAGCUGUAUCUGUAUAUUUUUUAUAUUUCUUAUUAAGACUAGUACCAAAAACAAAGAGUAAGAUGCUAUAACAAACCAAAUUACCUUUUCAUAGCCAUUGAAUAUAUGGAAAGUAUUACAAUAGACUACAAUAGAAUAUUAUUUAGAACUGAAUCACACUUCACCAUUUUUAAAGUAAAUAAUAUAAAUAUUUUAAAACG